GCUGCACAUUACGUUGAGUAUGCAGCAGGCUGCGCUUGGCAGGAGUCGUGGUGGAUGUGGAAACUUAAACUGUCUUGCACCGUUUCCCGGUGUAGUCUGUUCGUUCGCUUCUCUUCGCUCGCUCGACUUAUCGGUUCUUCCCCCCUGAUUUGAACCUGCGAAUUGUUCGAGUAUGACUCAAGGCUGGGUUGGCUUGAAAGGUGCCAAGAUGUCUACCGUCGAAACAGAAACACCACGGUCGCUAGAUAGGACGCGCUCCAUAUUCCGACGCUUUAAGAGGAGAGAAGGAGGCCAAACGCUCUCCCCGAAACUUCCUUCAAAACCUAUCAGCGAGAGCUCUCAACCAGCGCAUCGAAAACUGCAACGAAGAUCCGUAGAAGCACCAGCAGCUCUACCAACCCCACCAGCCUCACCUAGACGACAUAUCUGCGAAAUCUCUAAACCUAUCAAGUCGCUACAACCGCAAUUAAUCACACACAUUCAACGUAUCGAGAUACCACCCACCUACCACAUCGUGCGCGAUCCUCCCAAGCAUAGCGACUCGAACGACCUUCCUCGCGUCCUCCCAACCGCCAUGCCUACGACCGCUUUCCCCAGCAACUCCCAAAUACGACCGUGGGACGUAUUCCUCCCGCCCUCGCAGGUAUACUCGCUAUACCAAGGCUUCGUGCCCAAAGACAUGUCGGACAAAUGGUUCAUCUACAGCGAAGGGCCCGACCAGGCCGGCAAGCUAAAGGUACACUUCCACAGGACCUGGACGGGCAUGAAGAUUGCCGAGCUGUUCAAGUACAUGAUUCGCAUGAGUUGUCAGUGGACGUUGGGUGUGGACCUCGAGCACGGGAAAUGAAGAUGGAUAAUGAACCGCCAACUUUGGCGUAUUCUUGCUGCUGUUUGCGCUUAGCUACGUGUUCCUUUGCGUUUGUGUAGCGACUUUUAUGCUUCUCAUGUGUCGUUGAGCGAAGAUGAGACUUGAUCUCUUUUACUUAGUUAGGUGGUAUUGUCGGUUACACUUUUAAUGCGAAAGU